AUGGCUAAGCAGAUGCUGAUGUUGUUGAACCUGGUUUGCUGUUCGUUGGUAGAAGGUUCCACAUUUGGGAGCUCUGCAGGACAGAUGCAAGAGGCUCUGAAGAGUGUGUGAGAAGCUAUAAGAGUGUGUGAGAAGCUAGCAGAGUGUGAACCUGAAUUCAUCCUCAAGGCUGCCUUGUAUGCUCGCCAGGAACUUAACAUCCGCAGCACAGCUAACUUUCUCCUGGCCCUGUCUUCCCGCCUCCUGCCCUGCCGUCCACACCUGCGCCGCUAUUUCAGCCACACCGUGCAGCUGCCCUCCGACUGGAUGGAGGUGGCUCGGCUAUACCAGAGCCUAGCAAAGACCGAUACUCUGGCCCCUUUGCCUUCCUGCCUCCGUGCUGCAAUGGCUGACAAAUUCCGGCAGUUUGAUGCAUACCAGUUGGCCAAAUACAACACCCAGAAGAGCCGUGGGAAAAAACGUCAUCGGCCAAAGACCAAGAAGAAGAAACAGGGAUCGCUACGCCAGAAUGACUGGAGAAAGCACGUGUUGGGUCGCAACAGGAACUUUGUGCAGAAGGUGACAGCUCUGGAAAAAAAGCAUCAGAAAGUCUUGGAGUCAGCCAAGGAACAUGUGGCAACCCCCGGGAAUCUUUUCUCUCUCAAGGCUUUGAUCCGGCGCCUUCAUAUUUCUGAGCCGGCCCAGGAUGUGAUGAGUCUCCUGGGACGCAAGUACCCUUCAGACUUGCACACCUUCUCCCGAAGUCGCCUUCCGGGACCCUGGGACUCGGCACUGGCCGGCACCCGCAUGAGACUUCCGAGACCACGCACUUGGGAGCGGGAGCUGAGCCAGCGGGGGAACACUGCUCAAGCCUGGGAAGAGCUGAUCGAUGCAGGGAAGCUGCCUUUCAUGGCCAUGCUGCGUAACCUUCGCAGCGUCCUGCGGGUCGGAGUGAGCGAAAGGCACCACCGACGCCUGCUGAGUCGUCUGGAGAACAAGGAGUCCGUGAUCCGCAGCAGGCAGCUCCCGUUCCGAUUCCUCGCUGCCUACAAGGUCAUCCAGCAGCUGGAGAAAGAGCUUGAACCCAAAGAGAAACCCUUGCCUUCCAAUGGAGAGAUCGUUAAAAAGAUCCUGAUGGAGGCUGGAGUGUUGAUCCCAGGAGUGACGAACAACUGUUGGACCCGUAAGGGUUUACGCCGCUGCAUGGAAAUCCCGGUUAUCUUCCAGCUGGUGAAGUGCGAGAAGAGGAAACUGCUGAAGUCCAGAAAACGGAAUUACAGCCAUGCCACCCUGCAGCGGUAUCGUCAGGCACUGGAAACAGCCGUUGGCUUUGCCGUGCGGCACAACGUGCCCCCCAUCCCUGGCCACACCCUCAUCCUGAUCUCCUGCCGCGAAGACAUGAAGAAACCUUACAUGCGGGCCCGGGGUCUCUGCUGCCCGACUGCUGAGCAGAAGGACAAAAACAAACCCAUGACGAAACUGGACGUGGCCUUUUUGCUGGGCUCCAUGGUGUACUCUGCCUCUGAGCAGGCCCAGCUCCUCCUCUAUGAUCAGGGAACCGUCAGGGGUCCUGUCGCCAUGACGGGAGCCGUGCUGAAGGAUGUGCAUCACCUGCAAACUCAGGAGAUUCAGUACAGCCCCGAUGGAUGUAUUUGUGUCGGUGAUAUCAUCAGGGACCUCACUUCUCGACGCCAGCAAGUGGACAGGAUUCUCUUGCUGAGCCAACAUGGCGAGUUCCUAACCAAUGACAAAUGCCUCUGGCUCUAUCGCCGUCAUGUGGCACCCCACUUCCUCUUAAUCAACGUCUGCUCCGGCAUCCCAGACCUAAAGUGUUUUGAAUCUAGUGUGGAGGUAGUGACGGGUGGAUUCAACGAGCAGGUCCUCAGCCCGCUUAGGAGUUCUGAUUUUGCCAUGCAGGUAGUGAUGGGUGGAUUCAACGAGCAGGUCCUCAGGUUCAUGGCUGAAUGUGGCAGUUCCCGGUUCCUUGAGCACGUUGGGAAGAUUGACGAGAUCCAUGGCCUACUGGAGCCACGGAGGGCAGUGAUGGCAAAACCGGAAGCAGGAGGUGAACCCUUGAUAUCCGCUCCCAAAAGCAGGUGGCGCUCGGUAAAAGUGUUUGUCUCUUCCACCUUCCGGGACAUGCACGGGGAACGCGACCUGCUUAUCCGCUCCGUCUUCCCUGAAUUACGAGCCCGUGCAGCCCAAUUCUGCCUGACAAUAGAGGACAUUGACCUGCGCUGGGGGAUCACUGAACAGGAGGCCCAGAGAAACAAGCAGCUGGAACUCUGCUUGUCAGAAGUUGCACGAAGCCACCUGUUCAUUGGGAUCCUUGGUGAGCGGUACGGCCACAUCCCUAGAGAGUAUUCAUUACCGGAUGAGCCUCAUUAUGAGUGGCUGAAGUCAUACCCGGCAGGCCGCUCCAUCACAGAGCUGGAGGCUGUUCAGUUCCUGAACGGUUACAAGGAUCCAUCAGCCAAGUCCAGGGCCUUCUUCUAUCUCCGAGAACCAGACUUCCUUGGGUCGGUACCUGAAGCGUGGAGGGCAGACUUUGCAGCUGAGUCAGAAGAGGCUAAGGACCGGAUGGUGGAUCUGAAGGAGCGUCUUGAAAAGCACGAGGCUCUGGCCUCGGUUGGCAGGUACGCAUGUCAGUGGGGUGGAGUAGCCCAGGGCCGGCCCUAUGUCAAAGGUCUUGAGGAAUUUGGUGCCAAAAUCUUGCGGGAUUUGUGGGAAAGCCUCUUUCACCAUUUUAUACAGGGAGACGGUUCCAAGGUCAACGGUGAGUCGGAGGAGCCAGAAGAAAGUAUCUUGCAGGAGUCUUUCCAAGAGUUGCAGCAGAAGAGAUUCUGUGCCCGGGCAAAGCUUCUCCGUGCCACAGCUGCCCAGCUGUGCGGAGGCAGCAUCUGUGUUGUGAGCAGCGAAUGCGGGCAAGGGAAGACCGUCUUCUUGGCAGCCCUGGCCCAGGAGCUCCGAGCAAAGGCCCCGCGCCACGGAGACCCCGCUCCCGCUUACCACGUUGUGGCUCACUUCACGCGGGCCCGGCCCGAUCAGGCCAACGUCCAGGUCGUGUUAGGACGGCUUUGUGCCCUGCUGAGGAAGCUGGUGAAGCAGCCGCCGACGGCUGGUGUUUCUUGCAGGGGGCUGGUGGUCCAGUUCAACUCCCUCCUCCAUUCUGUGGGCCAGUCGCUGAAGCAUCGGCAGACUCUGGCGGUUCUGAUCGACGGUGCUGACCUCAUCCAUGCAGCCGGUGGGCAGCCCGUCUCUGACUGGCUGCCUGAACAGCUGCCCCAGCGAGUCAGCCUCAUCCUCAGCGUCUCGGAGGAAUCGUCCCUCCUCAGGUCCCUCAAGCGACGGAAGGAGGUGACUGUCGUUUCCCUGGGGCCUCUGGACUCCCCUGAUCGGGCGGUCAUGGUCCGUAAGGAUCUGGCACUGUAUGGCAAGAAGCUGGAAGAGUCCGCCUUCAACAACCAGAUGCGCCUCAUACUCCUCAAACGUGGCUCCCGGCAGCCUUUGUACCUGAUGCUGCUGACGCAAGACCUGCGGCUCUUUGCUCUGUAUGAGAAGCUCUCGGAGAGGAUCCAGAAACUGCCUGUCUCUCUCCCUCUGCUGCUGCAGCACCUGCUGGGGUGCCUGGAGCAGGACCAUGGGGCGGAGCUGGUCGCCGUAGCCUUGGUGUCUCUCUGGGCCAGCAGGGAUGGACUAACCGAGCGAGAUCUCUAUGGCAUCCUGGCUACAUGGAAAGAGCUGGAUGGAGCCGACAUAGGCCUGGGAGAAGCCAUUCAUGCCGGGAGACAUGCUGGAGGCUACCCCAUGGCGCCCUUCUUCGACUUCCUCCGGAGCCUGAGGGGCCUCCUCAGGGCAUGUGGUUCUCCAGCGGAACCCCCCGGCUCCCGGCUCCAUCUCUGUGACACCCCUUUGAAGACGGCGGUGGAAAGGCGCUACCUGAAAAAGCCAGGCUUGGACCGCACAGCUCAUGUGCUUUUGGCAGCCCACUGGUGGAAACUCUCCGACCCCGAUGGUUCCAGGAGCUUUCGGAACUGUGAGGCAGAAUCCUUGACAGCGCUUCCUUACCACCUGGUCCAAAGUGGCUGUCUCGACAUUCUGGCUUCUCUCCUGACUGACCUGAGAGUCCUGAGCGCUCAUGUCCGGCUGGGCCUCCUCCCCUUCCUCUCAGAAGCCUAUGCGCUCUAUGAGGGUGCCGUUGGCUCGGAACACGAUGAGACCGUGGACGCUUUCCGUGCCUUCUUGCAAAGGAAUAUUGACCUGAUUUCCCAGAAUCCUUGGCUGCUUCUGCAACAGGCUGCGAAUGAACCAGACUCCUCCGCUCUCUGUUCGCAAGCCCAGGCUGAGCUGUGCGGAAAUGGAAGGCAUUUCCUGAAGUGGAUUAACAAACCUCAGGAAGCCCAAGAAAAUGUGAGCCUCGUUCUGCCUCUACCAGCCACACCAUCCAGUGCCUCAGUUUCCCCCUCUGGAAGCCUGGCUGCUGUGGGCACUGUUGAGGGAACCCUCCACUUCUUCGAUAUGAAGACUGAGCAGGAACUGAAAUCCUUGCUGAGCAACUGUGAUGGAAUCUCUGCCUGCGUGUUCCUGUCAGAGACGUCGGUCUGCCUCGGUACCUUCGAUGGACGGUUGGAGCUCUGGAGCGUGAGGGAAGGAUGCAGGCUCAUGGGCAUGGAGGCUCACAAGGCCCAGAUUACAGACUGCUGCACCAAUCCUGACCUCCGACUGUUGGCUACUGUCUCCCUGGAUGGCUACAUUAAGCUCUGGGAGUCGGCCCGGGGUCACAUGAUACGUGAGCGAGACUGCUCACAUCCCUUGAACUGUGCGGCCUUCCACCCUGUGGGUCAGCUGGUGGCCGCAGGAGGGUGGAAUAGGACUGUCACCAUUCUGGACGUGAAUGAUAUGAGCGUGGUUUCGGAGUUAAAAGGCCACGACGCGUCCAUCUGUUGCAUUUCCUUCUCCUCUGCUGGCAACGUUUUGGCAGCCGGGUCUCUGGCUGGAACCGUCUGUCUCUGGUCGUGGCGGGAAGCUGUCGCCUUGUGCACUUUCACGGCUCACUCUGGCUGUGUCGCCACCGCUCAGUUCCUCCCAGGGGGGAAGCUCAUCACUGCAGGAGAAGACAGCAAGGUCCAGCUUUGGACUGGCCACUUGGGACAGCUCUGGAGCACCUUACAGUCCUCGGCCCUUUCCGCUGCUCUGUGCACAGCCCCCAGUCCGGACGGCAGCCGGCUCGCUGUCGGGUACCACUCUGAUGACGUCUGGGUCCAUCACCAGCCGUGGCGACCUGGCGUCGGCCCAACACACUGCAGAGCGAGCGGGGUGGCUGUCUGCAGCCUGGCUUGGUUGGACAACCUCUUCCUGGUUGGGGGCAGCAACAACGGCUCCCUGUGCAUCUGGAACACCUCAGACCUCCCUCCCUCGUGCCUUCGUACGCUUCAGGGUCACGACGGAGCUGUGACAGGCCUUGCGGUCUCCAAGAACUUGAUGGCAUCGACUUCAGAGGAUUUCACCAUCCGUCUGUGGCUCACAGAGACCCUGAGACCCGGCCUGGCCACGGACACCAGCGUCUCCCCACUCGCUACCCUUCAGGGUCACACUGCUGGAGUUACCUGCUGUGCUUUCAGUCCUGACGGGUGCUACCUUGCCACUGGAGGCAAAGACCGGGCCUUGUUUCUCUGGGACGUGAGGGACCCCUCCCGGAAGACCCCCUUCCUCUGGCGCUCCCUGCCUUUCUGCCACCAAGACUGGAUCUCCACCUGUGCCUGGGCAGGCCCCAUGUUGCUGUCUGGUUCCAACGACUGCACCGUUUGCCUCUGGGAUCCCCAGACUGGCAAACGCCUCCGGGUGUUCCUGGGUCACCAGAGCCCCGUCUGCGGGGUUACAAGUGAGAACGAUCAUGUGAUCUCCGUGGAUAGGGAAGGGAUGCUGGUGGCGUGGGACCUCCGGGGAGUGGAGAAAACUCGGUUCCUGGCUCAUCCGGGUCGAGCCAACCACUGUGCCGGCUUCAGGGAUCCAACAGGGGAAAAAGCAUUCAUCUUGGCUGCUGCCGGCUCUGAUGGGACCGUGAACCUUUGGAAGCCCCUGACGAUGGAGCAACCCCAAGUCCUUUUUGGGCACUCGGCUGCUGUUUGCGGUGCUGCUGCUGUUUCUCCCACGUCUUCCUCUUUCCUGACGAUAGCUAAAGACAAAACAGCCCGGCUGUGGGCCCUUCAGAAGAGAGAUGGUGGCGUCAAAGUCCUCCCGCAGCCUUGUGGGGUCAUCACAGCCGUGGCCUGGUCCCCAACGGGGGAGUUUGCUGUGUCCGGUGGGGAACGGGGAGAGCUGACGCUGUGGCAGGAAGGCAAGGUGGUGGCAACAGCAAAGGUUGGCUCUUGCUGCAUCACCGCCUUGGCCUUCACCUCCUCCCACACGGUCCUUGUAGCCGCCGGUGGAAUCAGCCUCUGGAACAUAAACCCCAGUGGAUGCGGAGACGGGACAGUUGGUUUGGCGCACAGGCAGCUUCUCCAGUCGGCAGCGAAGCCUUCGGUGCUCUGCGCUUGGACGCCCCAUCCGGGUGGAUCUGUAGUCCUAGGUCUGGCCGACGGAGCCUUUUUGCUGCUCGACCCCAAAGCCAAGGAUUUCUGGAACAGCAAGAGCAGAGAGGAGUUGUGGGAGUUUGGUGACGAGGAGUACUUUGACGUCUCUGCAUCCGAGGAGGGCAUCCUUCGUCUCUGGUUCUCCACGGAUACACUUAGCUUGUUCAAAAUGAAGAUUAUCGAGUCGGGGAAGAUGGCACACGAGUGGAAGACGGAGGUCAUACAGUGGGAACAAAAAAGGCCAUCGGUCUGGGUCACCGUGGCUCGGCUGGUCAAGGAUAAGUUCUUGUUCUUCGCGGACACUGAAGGAGCCCUGUGGACUCAGACCCGGCAGCAGCAGGAGGGAGCGGAGAACCCCGACUCCCAGUGGGUGCUUGACAGGCAGCAGAGGAGAAAGAUUCACAACAACAAAAUUACAGCUCUCCAUAUCCUUGGAGACAAGAUUGUAACAGCAUCCCAUGACCGGGAUGUGAAAAUCUGGGAGAGCAGCACAAUGAAGCUGCUGGGUCAGUUCCGAUGCCACGCCCCCAUCUCCCACCUUGAACCUUGUCCUCUGUUGGACCCACCUCUCUUCCUCAUGGGCGACACCCUGGGCAACAUCUACUUCCUGGAGUGGAGCAGCCUCAGCGGUUGAGAGGGAGGAAGAGACGCUCCAGCUUUAUCUGCCUCGCAUGAGCUACAAUUCCGGCUGACGACUGCAUUCCGGAGCCAGCCAUUCCGUGCUUCCAAGUUGGAAGGGUGAACGUAAAACACAUUCAAGUCCUGCAUCUUGGUUGAUUUGGUGGUGCGUUUUGUGUUGGGGCCAAACAGCUCGAGAACAAAGAUGAGAUGAAUAAAGUUAAUAUGCUGAAAGCAGCAGUGGUGGAAAUGUUUGGUCUCCGACUGCUGCAGUUCUUAGUGUCGGGUUUGUGCCUCGUUGUUCUCCUGCCUGUGGCCUGCCUUGGUUUAGCUUGUGUGGAGAGUAGAAUGGCACUGUAGGAAACUGAUGUGCUAGUGACCGAUUAUAUGAAUGGGGUUGCCUUGCAGUCAAAAU